UAGACGAAUACAACCGAAUUCGGCCGAUAUACAUCGCGGCGAUUGGAUUGUGGAGGAGAGAGAGGCUUGCUUUCAUCUCGAAUGUAGCAUCUUUUCUCCCCGAUUUCGAUAGAAAGAAUCGGUGUUUGGUUUCGGGUAAAAUGCCGUCGCUUUUAUUCUGCGGGCCGAAAGUGGCCGCCUGUGGGAUCGUGUUAAGCAUAUGGGGUGUCGUUAUGCUGUCAAUGUUGGGAAUCUUCUUCAGCGCAAAAUCUGCUGUAUUGAUCGAAGAUGUUCCCUUUACUGAGGAAGACAUCCGUAAUGACAAAAAUCCACCACAGACUAUUUACGGACUCUACAAUCAAGUUGGCAUUAACUGUUUCAUCGCUGCUGCCAUUUAUGUAGGUGUUGGUGCUGUGUCUCUUUGUCAGGUUCGCCUUAACAAGCGCCAAGAGUACAUGGUGACAUAAAGCCGGAGAACUUUAUCUUCAAUCCCAUUAUUAUUUAUUUUUAGAGAACUUGUGCAAUGUUCAAAAUGUACUAUUUGUUUUGUUGUGUUUACUAAAAUUUGAAUAGAUGGCAGUUCAGUUUGGGUUUCAAAAAAAUGGUCCACUAGAAAGGACAAUUGUAAUUACUGAAAUGGAAAAUAAUACUAAUAAUGGAAAAAUACAUGUGCACACACUGUAUGUAAAUGCAUGAUGUAUCUAUAUUUCCGGGUAAAUAGAAAUGUUGACUGCACAUUACCUAUAAAAAUUAUAUAAUGAACCCAAUCCUUCCUGAUGAAUAGCCGGUAGGUCUGAUAGGAACUGGUGUGUAGUAUGUAUGUGUAUGGUGGAUUUUUUAUUUAGAUAUUUAAAGGGAUAGUUUACCCAAAAAUAAAUAUUCUGUCAUUAUUUACUCACCCCAAUGUUGUUCUAAUAAUUGAUAGUAACCACACAGUUGACGGUACCCAUUGACUUUCAUAGUAGAAAAAAAUAUUAUCUUUUGUGUUCAACAGAAGAAACUCAUCCAGGUUUAGUACAAAAUGAGGGUACAUAAUGACAGAAUUUUCAGAACAUUUUGGGCUGAACUAUCCUGAACUGCUAAGUCUUUGUGUGGUAAAAUGAUAUUUAAUGCCUAUUUUAUUUAUGUCAAUUAUGUGUGUGCUGGUAUGAUGUGUUCACUUCAAUAAAAUGAAAAACUUU